AAAGUUUCAAGUUUAAACUUUAAGCUACAGGCUAAGAGCUUGUAGAUAGUAGUGCGUAACGUGCUUAAAAAUUAUAACGUACAAGCAGCACAUUAUUUGAUUAAAUAGAUUUCACUGUUUAACAAGUUACUCAUAAAUUUAUGUUCCACUAAACAAGUUUAAAUUUGUAGGUAACUUUCGCGGUUCACUGCUUAUCGAUUGUCAGUUAAAUCACUUGUUGCUUCUCGUACUACAGUACGUACAGUGCCUUUUACCCGAUUAACUGUUAGUUUUCUGUGAGUUACAAUCUAGAGCAGUCGUCAUGGCAAGUGGCAGAAUCGUUGUUUACGGUGGUCGCGGCGCAUUGGGUUCAGCAUGUGUGAAUCAUUUCAAAAGCUCUAAUUAUUGGGUUGCUAAUAUCGAUCUCACCCCAAACGACAAGGCAGACGUAAAUAUAACCGUACCAAAAGAUGGUUCCUGGUUGCAACAAGAGGAACACGUCGUCAAUGAGUUGGGUGCCGCGUUACAAGGUCAGAAAGUGAAUGCUGUGAUUUGCGUCGCUGGUGGCUGGGCUGGAGGCAACGCGGCCAAGGAAUUGUGUAAACAAUCAGACUUAAUGUGGAGACAGUCUGUAUGGAGUUCAAGUAUUGCGGCAACUCUAGCUGCCAAAUAUCUUGCUGAAGGAGGACUUCUUGCAUUAACUGGUGCUAAAGCAGCAUUAGAGGGAACGCCAGGAAUGAUUGGAUACGGAAUGGCCAAAGCCGCUGUUCAUCAACUCACAAAAUCUCUUGGAGCUAAAGAUUCCGGAUUGCCUGAUAAUUCUCUUGCUGUUGCAAUAUUACCUGUCACUUUAGAUACUGAGAUGAACAGAAAAUGGAUGCCCAAAGCUGACUUUGGUACUUGGACACCUCUCUCUUUUGUCGCUGAACUAUUUCAUAAAUGGCAAAGGGGUGAAGACAGGCCUGCUAGUGGUAGCUUAGUAGUACUUGUUACUAAUAAUAAUGUAACAAACCUAAUUGUUCAAUAAUGUACUAUUACAGUAAUUUUAAAAUAAUUGAUACUUAAUUGCUAAUGAUGUAACCUUGCCACAAUUUUCCAUUAGAUUUAGCUUCUAAUGUUUUUAAGUAUAAAAUAUUGUGUAACAUUAAAGAAAAAAUCUCAUGAUGUAUGUGUAUGUAUAUGAAAGUUACUAUGAUGUAUUUAAAAAUAUAUAAUAUAAAAUAUAUUUUCUGUUUAAAUGUU